AUGAUACGCGAGAGCGCUCUGGGAUCUUCCACCCGAGCCGGUCACUCAUCUUGGAUCAUCUCCGCAGACUAUCCCGUUUUGCUUCCGACCAGCUUAGCUCGUUCCUUUUUUACUUCACCGCGACCCAUCAACCUCCAUUCUCUUGCCCCGUUUACCUUGUGCUCUCCGGCUUCAUCUCCAUCGCCGCGCCCUCGACAAUACACAGCCCGUGCCAUACAGUUGCCGGCAACGCAGCCCGCCCUCAUCACCACAACAAUGGCCAACGAGUCGUGGACCAGCUCCGUCUCGAAAAUCUUCGAGGUCAAGUCCAUCCCCGAAGAGGCCGUCGCCAACCCGCACCACGUCACCACCAAGAGCGGCAAGCUCACCGGCUUCAAGAACCCGUACCCGUCGUGGUACAACCUCAACGAGCCCUCGCGCAUGUUUCACGAGCUCAUUUGGCCCAUGAUCACAGGCCGGCUCUCCACGCCCGACACCACCCCGCCCACCGUCAACGUCGUCAAGCCGCAGUUCCUCGCGCACCGCUUCGCCUCGCCCAAGCUGCGCGCGACCUGGCUCGGCCACGCCUGCUACUACGUCGAGUACCCGUCGGGCCUGCGCGUCCUCUUCGACCCCGUCUUCGAGGACCGCUGCUCGCCCUUUAGCUUCCUCGGCCCCAAGCGCUACACGCCCAAGCCCUGCGACCUCGGCGACCUGCCCGCCGUCGACGCCGUCGUCAUCAGCCACAGUCACUACGACCACCUGUCGCACGCCUCGGUCCUCGAGAUCCAGAAGCACCAACCCGAGGCGCAGUUCUUUGUCGGCCUCGGCCUCGAGUCGUGGUUCCGCCAGAGCGGCCUCAACAAGGUCACCGAGCUCGACUGGUGGCACGAUGCCGAGCUGACGGUGAAGAGGGUCGGCGGCGGCGGCGGCAGCACCACGUCCUCUGACGCUCGGAAAGCCACCGGCGGAGGCAGCGGCACGGACACCAUCACCGCGCGCAUCUCGUGCCUCCCCUGCCAGCACACCUCGGCCCGCACCCUCCUCGACAAGGACACGACGCUGUGGUGCUCGUGGGCCGUGUCCUCGGGCGGCAAGUCGGUCUGGUUCGGCGGCGACACGGGCUACCGCGGCAUCCCGCGGGGCUUGCCCGCUGGUGUCGACGACUACGGCCCGGAGCACGCGGCGCUGCCGCGCUGCCCGCAGUUUGCGCAGAUUGGCGCCCUGCGCGGGCCGUUCGACCUCGGCCUCAUCCCCAUCGGCGCCUACUUUCCCCGCGCCGCCUUCUCCGCCAUGCACGCCAACCCGUACGACUCGGUCGAGAUCUUCAAGGACACCAAGUGCAAGCAGGCCAUGGGCAUCCACUGGGGCACCUGGGCGCUGACCAUGGAGGACGUGCUCGAGCCGCCGAGGCUGCUCAGGCAGGCGCUGGGCCGCAGCGGCAUCGCCGAGGAGGGCGUCUUUGACGUCUGCGAGAUUGGCGAGAGUCGCGAGUUCUGA